UGCUCAUGUGGAGGCUCCAGGAGGGCUGGGAGCUGCAGGAGCUGUGAUUCAAGGACUCUGGAAGAAUGCCUUACGUGCCGAACAGAAACUGUCGGUUGUUUAAACGCAUUGAUUACUGAAACUUUGCCAAGGACUCGUCCAAUCGGAAAGCAGAGGGGCACUUGUCGUCUUGGUAUUUGAAAAGCAGUAGUCAAUGAGGCCGACUUUGAGAGAUGCGUGAUAACUCCGUCAACCAAUAAGGAUGGCUGUUUCGCUUUAGGCAAACCAUAUUAACUCCGUCUCCAGCUGGCUUUGUGCAUACAGUGUGAUAAUUCAUUCUAUUUUGUUUAAUGAAACAGAAAGGCUGAGUGGCACCCAACAAGUCUACCGCUGACAGGCCGAUACCUAAACAAAAGUCCCCAGCUCACCGAGACAGCUCCGGAGGGCAAGCCAGUCCUCAGCCCAUUGGUCAGUCCUCAUGAUAGACAUCCUUCAGGCCAAUGGCUUUCUGCUCUGGAAGGCGCAUUUUCCACAACUGGCCUAUGAGCGUCUGCUUCGGCUCAGCCAAUAGGGUCAGAGCAGGGGGCGUGGAGGGAAGUUUGAAACUCCGGGCUUCGGGAGUUGUUUUUCUAGUUGGUGUUCGCCCAGAGGUCGAGCUGGGGCCCGCCGGGCCCCGUCCCCAGCCCCAGUGGAGAUGGGUUCCACUCAGAGCGUCUCAGGCACUCCAGCACGGCCUCUGCCUCGCAACAAGCAUGUGGCUCGAGUAGCAGACCCUCGUUCACCUAGUGCUGGCAUCCAGCGCACUCCUAUUCAGGUGGAGAGCUCUCCACAGACAAGCCUACCAGCAGAACCACUGAACAGUCUCAAACAGGCACAAGACCCAGAUCCCCGCUCUCCCACUCUUGGCAUUGCACGGACACCCAUGAAGAUCAGUGGUCCAGACCCUCAGUGCUCACUGGUGAGAGAGCUGAGCGAAGUAUUUGAGACAGAAGCGUCAGAAUCGAUUUCCUCCCCAGAGCUUGCUCUGCCCCAGGAAACUCCUUUAUCUCCUGACCUGGACCUGCCUUCAGAUCCUCAGUUAUCCCCUGAGGACCAGUUACUGCCUUGGAGCCAGGCUGAACUCGAUCCCAAACGGGUGUUUACCAAGGAGGAAGCCAAACAAUCCACAGAAACCAUAGUUGCCAUCCAGAACUCAGACAAGCCCUCCAGAGACCCAGAAACUCCCCAGUCCUCAGGUUCUAAGCGCAGCAGACGGAAAGCAAACAGUAAGGCUCUGGGGAGGUCCCCUCUUACCAUCCUUCAGGAUGACAACUCCCCUGGGACCUUGACACUUCGACAGGGUAAGCGGCCUUCUGCCCUAAGUGAGAAUGUUAAGGACCUAAAGGAAGGAGCUGUUGUUGGGACUGGAAGAUUUCUCAAAGCUGGAGGAGGAGCAUGGGAGCCAAGCCGGGACCACGACAAGGAGAAUCAGCUCUCUGCUUUGAUGGAGAGCUAGGUCUGUGCUGGAGUCUUCCCCAAGCACACCGAGGAAAGCCUUGUUCUCUGAUUCCUCUCAGGCUCCCAACUCUGGUACUUGGACAUCGUUCUUUUAAAAUGGUUUGUGUGUUUCCUGUAUAUUAAAGUAGAUGAUUUUAAAUGAUGCUUGAAGAAGUUAGACCAAAGUUGCACUGGGUCUUGUGUAUACAGAAUGGCAUCCUGGGGGCCUGUGAGACCUGGAUAGAUAUCUCUCCUGCCACUUCUGAGCCUCCUUUAUAUAGCUUAAGUUUUGAUGCUCCCCAAAGCUCUGCCUUAGGCCCUCUUCCCUUCUUGUUUGGGUUUAGCUAUUGCUUACCUGCUUGUAAUUUCCAGGUCCCUCUCCCUACAUAAACUCAACGUUAGUUCCCCUAAAA